UCUGGUGCGUCGAGGCUCGCACGGCCCCCGGCUGCCCCGCGCCUCGCCAGAGCCCGAGGGGACGCGGGUCCGGGGCGAGGCCGGCUGGGCUGUUUGAUGGCUUCACUGAGAAGAGUCAAAGUGCUGCUGGUGUUGAACUUGAUCGCGGUGGCCGGCUUCGUGCUCUUCCUGGCCAAGUGCCGGCCCAUCGCGGUGCGCAGCGGAGACGCCUUCCACGAGAUCCGGCCGCGCGCCGAGGCGGCCAACCUCAGCGCGCACAGCGCCAGCCCCCUCCAGGAUGCGGUCCUGAAGCGCCUCUCGCUGCUGGAGGACAUCGUGUACCGGCAGCUGAAUGGCUUGUCCAAGUCCCUUGGGCUCAUUGAAGGCUACGGUGGGCGGGGCAAAGGGGGCCUGCCUGCUACCCUUUCCCCAGCAGAAGAAGAAAAAGCCAAGGGACCCCACGAGAAGUACGGCUACAAUUCCUACCUCAGUGAAAAAAUUUCACUGGAUCGUUCCAUUCCGGAUUAUCGUCCCACCAAGUGUAAGGAGCUCAAGUAUGCCAAGGAACUGCCCCAGAUCUCCAUCAUCUUUAUCUUUGUGAACGAGGCCCUGUCGGUGAUCCUGCGGUCAGUGCACAGUGCCGUCAACCAUACGCCGACACACCUGCUGAAGGAAAUCAUUCUGGUGGACGAUAACAGUGACGAAGAGGAGCUGAAGGCCCCCUUGGAGGAGUAUGUCCAGAAGCGCUACCCCGGGCUGGUGAAGGUGGUGCGGAAUCAGAAGAGAGAGGGCCUGAUCCGCGCUCGCAUCGAGGGCUGGAAGGUGGCCACCGGCCAGGUCACUGGCUUCUUUGAUGCCCACGUGGAAUUCACUGCUGGCUGGGCCGAGCCAGUUCUAUCCCGCAUCCAGGAAAACCGGAAGCGAGUGAUCCUGCCCUCCAUCGACAACAUCAAGCAGGACAACUUCGAGGUGCAGCGGUAUGAGAACUCUGCCCACGGGUACAGCUGGGAGCUGUGGUGCAUGUACAUCAGCCCCCCGAAAGACUGGUGGGACGCCGGAGACCCCUCCCUCCCCAUCAGGACGCCAGCCAUGAUCGGCUGCUCCUUCGUGGUCAACAGGAAGUUCUUCGGUGAAAUUGGUCUUCUGGACCCAGGGAUGGAUGUGUACGGAGGAGAAAACAUCGAACUUGGAAUCAAGGUGUGGCUCUGUGGGGGCAGCAUGGAGGUCCUUCCUUGCUCCCGGGUGGCCCACAUUGAGCGGAAGAAGAAACCAUACAACAGCAACAUUGGCUUCUACACCAAGAGGAAUGCUCUCCGGGUUGCUGAGGUCUGGAUGGAUGACUACAAGUCUCAUGUAUACAUAGCAUGGAACCUGCCACUGGAGAAUCCAGGAAUUGACAUAGGCGAUGUCUCUGAAAGAAGAGCAUUAAGGAAAAGUUUAAAGUGUAAGAAUUUCCAGUGGUACCUGGACCACGUUUACCCAGAAAUGAGAAGAUACAAUAACACCAUUGCAUAUGGGGAGCUUCGCAACAACAAGGCGAAAGAUGUCUGCUUGGACCAGGGGCCUCUGGAGAACCACACGGCAAUACUGUACCCGUGCCACGGCUGGGGGCCACAGCUUGCCCGCUACACCAAGGAAGGCUUCCUGCACUUGGGCGCCCUGGGGACCACCACGCUGCUCCCUGAUACCCGCUGCCUGGUGGACAACUCCAAGACUCGGCUGCCUCAGCUCCUGGACUGCGACAAGGUCAAGAGCAGCCUACACAAGCGCUGGAACUUCAUCCAGAAUGGAGCCAUCAUGAAUAAGGGCACAGGGCGCUGCCUGGAGGUGGAGAACCAUGGCCUGGCUGGCAUCGACCUCAUCCUCCGCAGCUGCACGGGACAGAGAUGGACAAUCAAGAACUCCAUCAAGUAGGGGAGGAGCUGGAGCCCCGGAGCCCGGCCCCCAGCACAGGGUCCGUCCGUCCUCUGGAGCAGCCACACUGGUCGAGACAGCUAGGGGCAAAUAUGUGCUUGGGGGGCCUCCCAGGGCUUCUCCAGGGCAGCACCGGGGCCUGGAUGGAGACGUUAUAUCCCCUCAAGCAUUCAGCUGCCCACAAGCCUGCACCCUGGAAAAGCCCCUGACCCCUACUCUGGGGGGCCGGAAGCUCUGUCUUCUGUAGCCCUGGCUGUGGGCCUGGUACCAAGGAGUGAGACUGCAUAUCUCUUCCUCGUCAGCUCCCACCCCAGCAUCAGGAUCUGGGACUGGCAGGGUCCCCUCCUCAUCCUCGUCCUUUGCAGCAGCAGCAGCUUCCAAGUUCCACCCCAGCCCUCAGUGAAGCUAGGGGUGGCGGGAGCUUCAGCCACCUCCUAGCUCCCCCUCAGAGGAGGCAGUGAGACUCAGACUCAGUUUCCCAUAAGGCUGCUUCUGCCCAGAUGCCUGUUCACACCCCACGGCAGCCGCCAUCCCCAAACCUUCCCAUCGGGGUGGUUUUGGAGGCUACUGCUCUGGACUUUGCUGGACCCUCCCUGCGAUGGCCUGGAUGGAGCUGAGGCUUUCUCUCUGGUCACCGGGGCACCAGGCUCCUGGUAGUGUGCUCGGGCCAGCGCUCCUGGCUGCAUUGGAGGGAGCUGGAGACAGAAAUAGGCUGAGCGCACAGGGCGGGCUGCGCUGGAGCCAGGCCGAAGGAGCCCUGGCUCACAGAGGCACCCGGGGCACGCAGCGGGGCCUCUGUUAGAACAUCAGGGCUGAAGCCAGCACAGCACAGGGCGCCAGGAAUCGGGAAGAUGCUUUGUGCUCAUCCCAUCACACCCCACGCUCUGCUGGCUGGCAGGGAGCAGGCAGUCGUUUCCUCUCUUUAGAGUAAUAGUUUUUUCCGAUUGCCCUCUGGUUAGGGUGCACUUAUAAAUCAGAGUUAAUAUAUGGACGUGUGUGCAUGCACCUGAGUGUGUGGCUGUGUGCUGUGCGUGGCGGGUGUGUGCAGACACGUGUGUGCACGCGCAUGUGCCUGGUGUGUGUGGGAGCAUGUGGUGGAGCAGACGUGGCCGUGUGGCCUUGGGCUUGCCGCUUAAUUGCUCGCCUGGAUGGGGACAAGGCUUCCGAGUGGCGCAUGGGGUUGGCCCCAUGUCACUGCCUGGAGGACAUGGCUCGGCCUCGCCUGGCACAGCACCCAGGUGGAAGUCUGUCCCUCUGCUGGUCCCCAUCUCUCUCCCCUGUGAUGUCCCUGCCCAACCCCUGCCCAGAAGCAACCCUGUAGUUGCCCAGUUGCCCAGUGUGGGGUCACAGUGUCUCAUUGGUGGCAUCUUAUUGGUGAUCACACCCUUCCCCAUCUCCACCUUGUGAAAUAAACAUGUUAGCACUCCCCUAA